AUGCGGGUUGUAGCUUUAGCUGCAGUCGGCGCAGCGACGGUGCUGUGGUGGUCGCAGUCGCGACGGAGGCGGGCCAGUGUUCGUGAGCAGUACGAGGAGCUUGCAGGUUCGUACAACGAACGGUGGGCGGCAUAUGUCCAGGCGACACUCAACGCGUUCAUGUCCUGCGCGUCCGAGCCGCUCCGCGACCUCACAGCCGGAGAUUGCGUGCUGGACGUCGGGACGGGCACGGGUGCCGUGCCACGAGCAAUCUUGCGCAGCUUCCCGGGGCUCAAACUCUCAGCUGCAGACCUGAGCGAGAGCAUGAUUGAGACGGGGAGGCACGAGUGCCCGGCCGUCGACUUUGUGGUUGCGCCAGCAGAAAGCCUGCCCUUCGCAUCCGGCAGCUUCGCUGCUGCCACCACGCUCUCCUCCCUCCACUUCUGGACAGACCCGGAGAAGGGGCUCAGGGAGAUGCACCGCUGUCUGAAGCCUGGAGGCCGGGUGGUGCUGAGCGACUGGUGCCACGAUUUCGUGGUGUGCAAGAUGUGCGCCUGGUACCUCUGGCUCACGCCAGGCCACUCCAAGGCGGACUGGUCCAUUCUGACGAGUCGCGAUGUGAACGGGAUGCUGACCAAGGCGGGAUUUGUCGACGUCGCCUUCACCACCUACAAGGUCGACGCGCGCGUCUUUGGCCGCUGGUGGUUGCCGCGCUGGGGCAUGAUGGCCUUUGUGGCGCGGAAAGCCGAGCAAGGGAGCUGCGCCGUGGGCCGCGAUUCGCGCGAAGGGAGGAAGCGAGAGCGAGAGCUACCCACCACCGCCGGGAGCCUAUCCGCCCGGCUACCCUCCUCCGGGUUAUCCACCGCCUCCAGGAUCCCGGCGGCGGCGGCGGACGCCUUCAUCGCCGAGCUCCUGUCGUGCUGCGGGACGCUGAUGCAGUGGAAGCGCUCGGUGGACCCCGAGUCGGGCCAGUCCAAGUCGUUUGGCUUCUGCGACUUUGCGACGGGCGAGGGCGUGCUGCGCGCACUCCGGCUGCUGCCCGCGGUCCGGCUCGGCGGCGCCGACCUGAUGCUCAAGGUCGACCAAAAGACGCACGACUUCCUGAAGGAGUACGAGCCGCAGCGCAAGGCGGCGCUCGCCGCGCUCAAGGGGACGCCCAGCCCGGCCGACGCGACGCAGAUGCUCCCCGGCGCCGACGAGGAGAAGGACCCUCACGCCACGGCGCGGCUCUCCGAGAUCACGCAGGCCUGGAACGCAACCUACGCGCCCGAGGAGAAGGACAAGAACGCACAGGGAGCGAGAGGCGCACGGUAG